AUGCCUCUUUCAUACAUGUACUGGGCUUUGGUCUUCCUUUAUGCGCAAGAUGCCCUAGCUUGCAACCGGCCUUUUUCUGCCCGAAUGGCGGAUAGCAUCAUCUCUCGCGCUCAGGCCACUGUUCAAAAAAGGGAAGCUCCGUCAGCAUCCACAUAUCUUCAAGUUGGAUUCUUCCAGUCUUCCCUCAUCCGUUUGAUCGACUACUAUCAUACGCCUGAAGCAGUCUGCGCGGAAAGUGAUUGGGAGAAAUACCUCCAAUCCAGUACAGAUGCCAUUACCCCUUAUCUCCUAAAUUCUACGCAAGACGCCAGCUACCCUCUCGACCGCCUAUCCACUGCCAAUGGGUUGCUUUAUCAAUAUGAGGAAUACCACACCCGAAAUGCCUUAAGUAGCCUUCGUUCACUCCGAAAUUCUGUAAAUCUGCAGCGUCGGAAUGCCCUCGGGGGCUACUGGUAUUUCAAUUACCCUAACUGGAGCUACCUUGACGGGAUGUAUUCCUUGAUCCCAUUCCUCCUGUCUUAUACUACAAACUUCGACCCCACAAAUGCCACUGUACCCGAUGAUGUCCUUCAACAACUCGAUCUGCUCUGGACACACUGCCGUCACGAUGGCACGGGACUGCUGGUCCACGGGUACGAUGAGUCAAAGAGUGCAUCCUGGGCGAACCCUGUCACCGGCGGUAGUCCCAUUGUCUGGGGCCGAUCUUUAGGGUGGUAUUUCAUGGCACUCGUGGAUGGCCUAGAGCUUUCAUCCUCAUUUCCGAAGUCCAUGUCACGGUAUCUCCUGUCUAGGCUUAUCCAGUUGACUGAAUCCGUGAUCUCGGUAGCUGAUUCGACCACUGGGUGCUGGUGGCAAGUUAUGGACCAAGCAAACCGAGAAGGCAAUUAUAUUGAGUCUAGCGGGUCUGCCAUGUUCACGACCGCCUUGUUCCGCGCAGCUCGGCUUGGAUAUCUCCCGGAUGAUCUCGCCUCUGACGCACGGAAGACGGCGGACCAGUGUUAUAGUCAUCUCUUGAAUGCCUUUGUGGUCCAGAAUGACAAUGGAACUCUCGGGUACAAUGGGACGGUCUCUGUCUGUAGUCUGAAUUCAUCGGCUUCGUACGAGUACUACAUUUCGCAACCGCUGCUAUACAACAGUGUUCAUGGCGCAGCAGCUUUUGUUCAAGCAAGCUUAGAACGAGAAAUUUUUGAUGAUUCAAAAGACUCGAGCAGGAGAACUUGA